AUGGCGACUACUCCGGUGAAGGUGUACGGACCACCCAUAUCAACAGCCGUGUCAAGAGUGUUGGCCUGUCUCCUGGAGAAAGGCGUUGAUUAUCAGCUCAUUUCUGUCAACAUGUCCAAAGGCGAGCACAAGAAGCCUGACUAUCUCAAGAUCCAGCCGUUUGGACAAGUGCCGGCUUUUCAAGACGAGGACAUCUCCCUCUUUGAAUCCAGAGCCAUAUGCCGGUACAUAUGUGACAAGUACGCGGAUCAGGGAAACAAGGGGUUGUACGGAACGAAUCCAUUGGCAAAAGCCUCCAUAGAUCAGUGGCUGGAAGCAGAAGGGCAAAGCUUCAGCCCUCCAAGCUCAAUUCUGGUGUUUCAGCUGGCAUUCGCACCAAGAAUGAAGCUGAAGCAAGACCAGGGAGUGAUAAGGCAGAAUGAAGAAAAACUGAAGAAGGUGCUUGACGUGUACGAAAAUAGGCUCGGGGAGAGCCGGUUCUUGGCCGGAGAUGAAUUCUCACUGGCCGAUCUGUCCCACUUGCCCAACGGCCACUACUUGGUGAAUGCCACAGACAGGGGAGAGCUGUUUACUUCUAGAAACAAUGUGGGGAGGUGGUGGACUGAGAUUUCGACACGAGACUCGUGGGAGAAGGUGGUCGAGAUGCAGAAGCCUACUGCAAAUUAG